CGGCGCGCGCGCACUGUAAGCUCGCACGCGUACCGACGCACACGCACGAGCACGCAUGAAGACCGAGGACCAAACCACGGAGGAGGCGGCGCGCCGCGCGCCUGCCACCCGAAGACAAGAAAAGCCGCCCUUCUCUUACAUAGCCCUAAUAGUGAUGGCUAUACGACACUCGCCAAACAAAAGAUUGACACUCAGCGAAAUCUAUGCGUUCCUGCAACAACAGUUUCCAUUUUUCCGCAGUUCAUAUCAAGGCUGGAAGAAUUCUGUUCGCCAUAAUUUAAGUUUAAACGAAUGUUUCGUGAAAUUACCCAAAGGCCUGGGCAGACCGGGGAAAGGGCACUACUGGACGAUAGAUCCUUCAUCUGAAUUUAUGUUCGAAGAAGGUUCGUUUAGAAGAAGACCACGUGGCUUCCGUCGGAAGUGUCAAGCGUUGAAGCCUCAGUUUGGAAGCGGUAGUUAUCUUUGUGGGGGUGGCGUGCCGGCACUACCACCGUCACAGCCGACGGGCUAUGAGCUCGCAAGUGGCAGCGGUGCAGGGUCCAGUGGCGGCGGGUCCAUAGACUAUGGUGCGUGCGCGUACUCACACGCCAGCUCGAGUCAGCAGCUGGCUUACGGCGGGGAAUACUGCGCGUACGGAGCCAUCAAUGAGCGCGAAUGGCCGCUGGCGUACGGCGGCGUAGAGGCUGGGUACCGGCCGCCGCCAGCCUCGCCACCGCCGCAUCACGACUUGCCGGACCUCAUCCCGAACUAUCAGUAUGCUGUAGCUAAUGAACAUGGCUCAGCUCCGAUGUUCGCCGGGAUGAGAGGCGUGCAUGGCCAGAUGCUGUCUGGUGGCUCCUCAAUCAGCGGUCUGGGAGGCUUCGGGCUAUCCUCCCCGCUACCCGCGCUGCCGCCGGAACGUAAGGUCUACUCCUCACCACCACCGACACCGCUGCCGACGCUACCGUCACCAGCGUCCGUACCUACGCCAGGACCACCACCGUCAUCAUCAAGCUCAGUUCACACAUACUACCAAUAACACCGAUAUUUUUAUGUCUCUUUGUAUAUACUUUUUUAAACGUAGGCUGUCUUGUGUAGCCGUAGCAUUUAUGUACACUUGAAAAAACUUGUGGCCUAUGCAGCCUAACAACAGCUUUACACAACCAGCUGUCGUGUCUAGAUUAAGUAUAAUUUAGUAGCCUAUCAUAAUUAUAAUAAGUAUAUUAGUGAAAAUGUAGGCUGAAGGUACUUACUAACGCCUUUAGAGACGCGAACAU